CAAGGUGGCGCUAAUGCGCCGGGAAGUUGUUGCCAGACUGUAAAGAAAGGGAGGACGAAGAAGUCACAGAACAGUGGGAGCACAUCCAUGUGUCGGUUAAACUUAGUUUGAUAGUUCAGCAGACUGAAGUGCCUCAACACAGAGAUGCCUCCCCACAUGAAUGACGUCAUGCGUCUGUGCUGUGAGAUAUCAGCACACGAUCAGAUCAAGGUCGCGGUGAAAAACUCCACCAAAGGAGCGAUGGUGGCAGGAGGGACUGCCUUUCUAGGUGGGAUGCUCUGUGGACCUCCUGGGAUUGCUGUGGGCGGAGCAGUUGGUGGUCUCUUGGGCAGCUGGCUGACCAGCGGCCAGUUCAGACCUCUACCUGAGAUCCUGAUGGAGCUGCCACAAAACCAGAAACAGAAGCUCUAUACUGACAUUGUGGCCGUACUGGGCAGCCUGGACUGGACAGACGUAGCCCAGCUCCUCGCUCUUGUGAUGGGCAACGCAACUCUCCAGCAGCAGGUCACCGCUGCGCUGCUCAACUAUGUUGCAAAGGAACUCAGAGCAGAUGUGCGUUAUCAGGACUGAGUCAUUCUCAGAAAUGGACUUCCCCAGGUGUCCUAGUUAGACCGGACAAACAGCCAGAACAAUGUAUUCAUAUAUGUAGACGAUGUAUUUUGUUUCUGGCUGUUUUACCUUAAUGAUUGUGUUAAAAUAGGUUGUCAGCCUUCACUAUCCUCAGAGGGCUGACACCAACAACAAAGAAACCCUAACCCUCAUGUGGGAACUGCCUUCGAGAGCUGAUGAUUCAAGUCGACGUGGACAUAAUAAUAGAAACACCUCUACAUACAAUAAGGGAAACAGAGACACCUGAGUAAUGCAACACAACCUUCAUCCUCCAAACUGAUCAUACAGUUGAAUCAACAUGUCUCUAAAACAGUUGGCAUACUGAAGGUCUAUGGCACAGCCUCUUGUGUGGCACUGGUUUAGAUGAAUAAACAAGUUGAAUAAGCUUGUCCAAAAUUCAGUGAAUGUUGACAAUGGUUACAUUUUCAUCUUGACUAUAUGUUUUAAGGUUAAGCUGCCGUUUCACUGUUUUCCAACAUUGAAAUGUCUGCAGGGAGGAUUUCCUGUGGGUCUAUUGAAUUAGUCUGUAUUCGUUUUAGCCAACAAACUUCCUACACAUGGUUUCCCUCUAUUACAAUGUCACUUUGGCAUUUUCCUAGGAGAUUAGACUAUGAUUAAUAUCAUAUGCAGGGCCCUGCUGCUGUUGUGCAUUUUCAUGUAAAUGUGCCUUAACUGACAGUCACCAUUGAAAUUUCACACAACUCUUCAACCUCUUAAAAUAUUGAGCCCAGGUCAUCAUUUAUUCUGGAUUACAAUGUUGUGUUAUAAAUCACACGCUGUGUAUCAGGGUGUGGUUAAUAGUUCUCCAGAUGUUAACAUUUGCAACCAUAAUACAGCUCGAUCAGGCGUCUGAUUGGUCAACAAGCCCUCACAUUCGGCCAUAGGCUUAGAGAACUAAGUGUCCUCAGGAAACGAGGGGUCCUGCACGGAGUCAGUGAGAUCACAUGAAUGGACUCCAGGUUGAUUUGAACAAACUACUUUGUUACGUGUGCAAAAGUCUGACAAAGAAGAACUUCUGUUGUUCUAAAGAGAGAAGGUACAAACACCAAGUUCUGAUGUGAUUUAGUUUUAUAUAUAUAUUUGUAUGAAAUGAUUGAUCAUUAAAAAAAAAUCAUGGCCUUAUAUUUAAAAAACAUUGCUUAUGUUUCAAUAAAAAGAACAUGGGAUUUUA